AUGGAGGAGCUGACGGCGUUCGUCUCCAAGUCGUUUGAUCCCAAAGCCAAGGAGAAGAAGGAGCUGAUCACCUACCGCGAGGUGCUGGAGAGCGGGCCCCUGCGCGGCGGCGGCGGCCCGCGGGAGCCCGGCGGGGCGGCGGCACCGGAGCCGGGCCGGGAGGACACGGGCAGCCCCGCGGCGCGGCCGGCCGGGCGCUCCCCGCCGCGGGAGCCCGACGCCGCCGCCGAGAGAGCGGCCGAGGCGGCCACCCCCAAGCUCAGCGACGUGUCCCCAGAGCUGAAGGAGCGCAAGGAGGAUGCGAAAGCGAUGGAAGACGAAGGGCAGACGAAAAUCAAGCAGAGGAGGAGCCGGACGAAUUUCACCCUGGAGCAGCUGAACGAGCUGGAAAGGCUUUUCGACGAGACGCACUACCCGGACGCGUUCAUGCGGGAGGAGCUGAGCCAGCGGCUGGGGCUCUCCGAGGCCAGGGUGCAGGUGUGGUUCCAGAACCGCCGGGCCAAGUGCCGCAAGCAGGAGAACCAGCUGCACAAAGGGGUGCUGAUCGGCGCCGCCACGCAGUUCGAGGCCUGCCGGGUGGCUCCCUACGUGAACGUGGGCGCGCUCAGGAUGCCCUUCCAGCAGGUGCAGGCGCAGCUGCAGCUGGACAGCGCCGUGGCCCACGCGCACCAUCACCUGCACCCGCACCUGGCCCACGCCCCCUACAUGAUGUUCCCCGCGCCGCCCUUCGGGCUCCCGCUCGCCACCCUGGCCGAGUCCGCCUCCGCCGCCUCCGUGGUGGCCGCCGCCGCCGCCGCCAAGACCACCAGCAAGAACUCCAGCAUCGCCGACCUGCGCCUCAAGGCCAAGAAACACGCCGCCGCCCUCGGGCUGUGA